AUGUUGGAAGUUGAAUUCAAUGUGGAAAGCUUACUUAUGGAGAUUGGAGCACAUUUAAAUUACUACAUCCCAAGUCUCUUUCAACCGGUUACUGGGUAUUUUUCAAGCAUCCCUUUUACUGAUGAGUACGGAAACCCACUUCACUCUAGCAUCCCUUUUACCAAUACGGGAGCAGGCAUUGGCAUCGGAACUGGGACAGGCUACGAUCAAGAAGGCCACGCGAAGAAAGGGGUGAUGGAGAAGAUCAAAGAAAAGAUUCCCGGUGGUCACAACACGGUCGAGCAUCAAAGGGUGUCAACAACAAAGGCAGGUGGAUUUGCUGGUGGUUAUGGGGAAGGAGGGGAAACCCACGAGAAGAAAGGGGUGAUGGAGAAGAUCAAAGAAAAGCUUCCCGGUGGUCACAACACGGUCGAGCAUCAAAGGGUGUCCAAAACAACGACAGGCGGUGUUGGUGGCAGUUAUGUGGAAGGAGGGGAAGCCCAGGAGAAGAAAGGGGUGAUGGAGAAGAUCAAAGAAAAACUUCCUAGUGGUCAUAAUACGAACGAGCAUCAAAGGGUGUCCACAACAACGGCUGGAGGCCACCAUGGAGUAAGUGGGGGUUAUCAUCAAAGCGUCCCCCCAACAACAACAAGCGGUGUUGGUGGUGGUGAUUAUGGAGAAGGCCACAAUGGCGUUGGUGGCAGUUAUGUGGAAGGAAGGGAAACCAACGAGAAGAAAGGGGUUAUGGAGAAGGUCAAAGAAAAGCUUCCCGGUGGUCACAACACGGAUGGGCAUCAAAGGGUCUCCACAACAACAACAGGCGGUGUUGGUGGUGGUGGUUAUGGAGAAGGUAGGGAAACCCACACCAAGAAAGGGGUGAUGGAAAAUAUAAAAGAAAAGCUUCCCGGUGUUCACAACACGAACGAGGAUCAAAGGGUAUCCACAACAACAGGAGGCCACAAUGCCAUUGGUGGCGGUUAUGUGGAAGGAGGGGAAACCCACGAGAAGAAAUGGGUGAUGGAGAAGAUCAAAGAAAAGCUUCCAGGUGGUCACAACACGGAUAGGCAUCAAAGUGUGUCCACAACAACAUCAACUGGCGUUGGUGGUGGUGGUUAUAUGGAAGGACGGGAAACCCACGAGAAGAAAUGGGUGAUGGAGAAGAUCAAAGAGAAGCUUCCUGGACAUCAUUAGAUCAUAUGGUAUCUUUAUGAUGAAUCAUAUGUGUAUACAUAAUAAUAAUCUGGUAUUGUUGUCGUUUGUAUUGUGUUGUUGAUGGGUAACAAGUAGAGAGAUGGGAUUGAGCUUUGUAUGGUGUGUUAUCUCGUAUGUAAUUUGA